AUUCUGAAACAAGUGAGACAGAAAACCACCUGGCUACAGAGCUCAAGCACUAAUUUUGCCUUCUUUUAUCUCACGAGAGUCAUAUCUCGUUUUCUGAACUUGGGAGCUUCUAGAGAAGCAAGUCUGGCUAAUCCUUGGUGGACCGGUCAGGUGGGGUUGCCGGGAGUAGAACCGGCAACCAACUCGCCCACCCUCAACAAGCGCCACACCGAUCUUUCCAUUAACGAUAGCAGCGGCAGGAGCGGCAACCGAGAAGAAGACGAAGAAAGAGACAACGGAGACGAGCCCAAGGAAGGUGCAGUCGACGUCGGAACCCGCAGGCCCAGGGGCCGACCUCCCGGAUCAAAAAACAAACCCAAGCCACCCAUCUUCGUCACCCGAGAUAGCCCCAACGCCCUAAGAAGCCACGUGAUGGAGGUUGCAGGAGGAGCCGACGUGGCGGAGAGUGUGGCCCAAUUCGCACGGAGGCGUCAGCGUGGUGUUUGCGUGCUCAGUGGAAGCGGCUCCGUCGCCAACGUCACUCUCCGACAACCCGCUGCCCCUGGAGCUGUUGUGGCCCUCCAUGGCAGGUUUGAAAUUCUAUCCCUAACAGGUGCGUUCUUGCCUGGACCUGCCCCUCCCGGCGCGACGGGGCUCACAGUGUAUCUCGCAGGAGGACAAGGACAGGUUGUCGGAGGAAGUGUCGUCGGGUCUCUAGUAGCGGCUGGACCAGUGAUGGUCAUUGCUGCAACGUUUGCUAAUGCCACUUACGAAAGACUACCACUUGAUGAUGAAGAUGAGGGAGCCAGUGCCGCUGCACAAGGAGGAGGAGGAGGAGGAUCACCACGGGGAAUUGGUAGCAGCGGAGGCCAGUCACUGCCGGCCGGACUCCCGGAUCCGUCGUCUCUGCCUCUGUACAAUCUGCCGCCGAAUCUGAUGCCCAACGGCGGAGGACAGGUGGGGCACGAAGCUUUUGCUUGGGCUCACGGAAGGCCACCUUACUGAUAGAAAAGGGCUUGGUGUUUAGGCCAGAAGUUGCUGGUGUUUUGGAAGAUAGAGAAAAGUGGGAAAGAAAUUUACAGUGUUUAGAGUACUGAAAUAGGUGUGAACUGUGAAGAUGGAUGAGGUAGAAUGCUUGCUUAUGAAUGUAUAUGAUAUGAUGGCUAUUGCUAUGAACUUGGCUUCCUUUUCUCUUUUGUUACUCUGCGUUUGGAUCGGAAUAAAAUAAAAAAAGAUGAUCAUCGGCAUCUUUUGAUA